GCGUUGGAGUACUGGUAGUCGCAUUCGCUUCGCUGGCAUUCGUUGUUGGGAUACCAAGUGGGUAAGUCGCAUUACUGACUGCUGCUUUUCUCCAUUUACUUCUACCAACAAAGACUUUGUUACACCUUCUUCAGUGGUGAUUAUUCGUCUAACGAAGGUUAAAAAUGCAGAUCUUCGUCAAAACCCUUACUGGCAAAACCAUUACACUUGAAGUAGAGGCUUCUGAUACCAUUGAAAAUGUAAAAGCCAAGAUUCAAGACAAAGAAGGUAUUCCUCCAGACCAGCAGCGUCUUAUCUUUGCUGGUAAACAAUUAGAAGAUGGCAGAACCCUCUCUGACUACAACAUCCAGAAAGAGUCCACCCUUCAUCUUGUUCUCCGUCUUCGUGGUGGUAUGCAAAUUUUUGUCAAAACACUAACUGGCAAAACCAUCACCUUGGAGGUUGAAGCUUCCGAUACCAUUGAAAAUGUAAAGGCAAAAAUUCAAGACAAAGAAGGUAUCCCUCCAGACCAGCAGCGUCUUAUAUUUGCUGGUAAGCAAUUAGAAGAUGGCAGAACCCUCUCUGAUUACAACAUUCAGAAAGAGUCUACCCUUCAUCUUGUUCUCCGUCUUCGUGGUGGUAUGCAAAUUUUUGUUAAAACACUGACUGGUAAAACCAUCACCUUAGAGGUUGAGGCUUCAGAUACUAUCGAAAACGUCAAAGCCAAAAUCCAAGACAAAGAGGGUAUCCCACCAGACCAACAGCGUCUCAUUUUUGCUGGAAAACAAUUGGAAGACGGCAGAACUCUUUCAGAUUACAACAUUCAGAAAGAGUCUACCCUUCAUCUUGUUCUCCGUCUUCGUGGUGGUAUGCAAAUUUUUGUUAAAACACUGACUGGUAAAACCAUCACUUUGGAGGUUGAGGCUUCUGACACAAUUGAAAACGUCAAAGCCAAAAUUCAAGAUAAGGAAGGUAUCCCUCCAGACCAACAACGUCUCAUUUUUGCCGGGAAACAACUUGAAGAUGGACGUACUCUUUCUGAUUACAAUAUUCAAAAAGAGUCAACCUUGCAUUUGGUCCUUCGUCUUCGAGGAGGAAUGCAAAUUUUUGUUAAGACAUUAACUGGUAAAACUAUUACUUUGGAAGUUGAGACAUCUGAUACCAUUGAGAACGUAAAAGCCAAAAUCCAAGACAAAGAGGGUAUCCCACCAGACCAACAGCGUCUCAUUUUUGCUGGAAAACAAUUGGAAGACGGCAGAACUCUUUCAGAUUACAAUAUUCAAAAAGAGUCAACCCUUCAUCUGGUUCUUCGUCUCCGAGGUGGAAUGCAAAUUUUCGUCAAAACUUUGACCGGUAAGACUAUCACCUUAGAGGUUGAGGCUUCCGAUACUAUCGAAAACGUGAAAGCCAAAAUCCAGGAUAAGGAAGGUAUCCCUCCAGAUCAACAACGUCUCAUUUUUGCCGGAAAACAAUUAGAAGACGGACGUACUCUUUCUGAUUACAAUAUUCAAAAAGAGUCAACCUUGCAUUUGGUCCUUCGUCUUCGAGGAGGAAUGCAAAUUUUCGUUAAGACAUUAACUGGCAAAACUAUUACUUUGGAAGUUGAGGCAUCUGAUACGAUCGAGAAUGUAAAGGCUAAAAUUCAAGACAAAGAGGGUAUCCCACCAGAUCAACAGCGUCUCAUUUUUGCUGGAAAGCAACUAGAAGAUGGCAGAACUUUAUCGGAUUACAAUAUUCAAAAGGAGUCAACCCUUCAUCUGGUUCUGCGUUUGCGUGGUGGCAUAGCUUAAAUUCACAUGUCUAUCACCAGUAGUACAUUAAUAUAGCAUUGAAUAAUUAAAAUGAAUUUUUUUAUGAAUGCUGGUGUUAUUUUAGACUGAUUUGCAAUAAGAACAGUAUUUUCUUUUUACAAACUUUUAAGUAACUUUCUAAUUUUUUGUUUACUUACUAAAGCUUUUUCAUAAAUGUAAACUUCAAUUUCAGGAAUAAUAAAUGACUUAAUCAACA